UAGCUGACGAAAAUUUUCAGUACACUCAGUCCACCCCGAGGCUAGUAAUUGCUUCCGACCAGUGCCUGCGUAGUAAGGACCAAAAGGACGAUGUCAUACGGAAGCUCCCCGAACGACCCCCACGAGGUGUACCAGUAUCCUUACAUGACACCCCAGAACAAUUACGCUCACUCCUACCUAACAGACGGUGCGAGCGUUGCGCCCAACGAGGAAUCCAACUUCUGGUCGAACAGCCCCAGGACGAAUUCGCCGUCGCCAAAUGCACAGAGUCCUAUUGUAGGACCUUACCAGAUCUAUACUCCGAUCAGCUAUGCUCAGAACGAUCACAGGACUACUCAAUACACUACAGAGUAUGAUUUCAGCAGGGGUACUGUAGCUCCGUUCGUAAGGAUCGUGAAAAGAAGGACGACGGCCAACAAGAAGGAGCGACGGCGGACGCAGUCCAUCAACAAUGCUUACGCUGAUCUUCGGGAUUGCAUUCCAAACGUUCCCGCUGACACAAAGCUAUCAAAGAUAAAGACUUUGCGUUUAGCCACGCUAUACAUAUCCUAUUUGACUGGGGUGUUGGAGACCGAUGAUCCUGCCGGAGGAUUCAAGGCCGAGCUGGGAUCUCUGGGCCGAAAAUCUGCGGGAAACCACAUCCAAGUGAACGAGUGCACGACCGGCCAAAUAUCGCCGAAAAGUGACGUCUCGGAAGAGUUAAACGGCAGCGGCGGAGGAAUCGCGCGAAGGGCCAAAGGGCGCACGGGUUGGCCGCAGCACGUGUGGGCAUUGGAACUGAAGCAGGAGCAGACUCUGUAAACCGGCACCCGGGGAUGUAUAAAUAUAAUUUAUUUGCCUGCCUCUGCACAAACAACACCGAUGAACUCGGCUGUAUAUUUUAUAACGUGGAAGUAUAUCUUAAUUUCUAGAUAUUUCCUCAAAAUGUAUAUAAUAUAUCUAUUUUAGUCGGCGCCAGAUGGCCCUUCUUUGUAUACAAGAUACACCUACACCUAUAUAUUUUAUUCGUUACCAAAGUUAUUUUUAUAUUUGUUCUCUUUGUACUGCAUCUUUAAUUGCAAUACAUGAAAACCGAACUAGCUGAGUCAUGUAUUUCAAAGCAAACGCCCAAAAGACGGGCAACCAAAGCCAAAUAUCGAAAGCAUAAAUAGAAAUGAAAUA